AUGGCUGUUACGUUGCCACUUCCUAAACAAGCGCGAGGUUUCAUGUGGCCCGAUGUCGAGGUAGCAUUUCAGUGGUUCGCCUUUUUCAUGUUCGCCAUCCUGCUUACUAUUCCUUGGCUCAUUUGUGUAUACCGGAUUGUGGUCUACCCAAUCGGACGAAAGAAGCAGAUAACUUACGAGCUCGACGAAGUCUCUGCACCCAAAGUGGUUGUCGUCAUGCCAGUGUACAAAGAACCACCCGAGUCACUCUUCAAAGCACUGGAUUCAGUUGUCUCCAGCGAUUACCCAGCCGCCUGUAUCCACGUCUUUGUCUCAUUCGAUGGUGACGAGGUUGACGAACUCUACCUACAGCUGCUCAAGCGUCUUGGCAUACCGAUUUGUCUUGAAAAAUAUCCCCAAUCCAUCGACGUGUGUUACAAUAAUGCUAGAGUCACAGUCUCAAGGUUCCCACAUGGAGGCAAGAGACACUGCCAGAAGGCAACCUAUAGGCUCAUCGACAAGAUCUAUCAGCGGUAUCUGCAGAAGAAGGAUGACCUCUUCAUUCUCUUCAUCGACUCUGACUGCAUUCUGGAUGGAGUUUGCAUCCAGAACUUCAUGUAUGAAAUGCAACUCAAACCUGGUAGCAAGCACGACGUAUUAGCUAUGACUGGUGUCAUCACAUCGUGUACGCAGAAGAACUCUUUCAUUACCUUGCUGCAAGACAUGGAGUACAUACAUGGCCAGAUGUACGAGCGUUCUGUCGAGUCAGGCUGCGGUGCAGUUACCUGUCUGCCAGGUGCUCUGACGAUCCUGCGUUUCUCGGCCUUUCGCAAUAUAGCCAAAUACUACUUCUCCGACCGAUCGGAGCAAUGUGACGACCUGUUUGAUUAUGGCAAGACUCAUCUUGGCGAGGACAGAUGGUUGACUCACCUUUUUAUGAUUGGUGCAAAGAAAAGAUACCAGAUCCAGAUGUGCACAAGUGCUUUCUGCAAGACCGAGGCUGUCCAAACAUUCUACUCGCUGCUGAAACAACGGCGACGAUGGUUUCUUGGUUUCAUCACUAACGAGGUGUGCAUGUUGACUGACUCUCGACUGUGGCGGAAAUAUCCAUUGCUCUGUCUCAUCCGGUUCAUGCAGAAUACCAUUCGAACCACAGCAUUGCUCUUCCUAGUCAUGGUCAUCUCCGUAGCCAGCACUGCUACCUACUUUGACGAGCUUCCUUGGCAGUUCAUCGGCGUUUCACUGGGUCUGAACUGGGCCAUGAUGAUCUUCUUCGCCUUCAAGCUUGGACGAUGGAAGCCAGUAUUCUAUCCUCUCAUGUUUGUCAUGAAUCCCUUCAUGAAUUGGAUCUACAUGGUGCACGGUAUCUUCACAGCAGGACAACGAACAUGGGGUGGUCCGCGGUCGGAUGCAGCAGCGGCUGAUGCGAAGACCACACCUCAGCAAGCAAUCGAAAAGGCUGAACGGACAGGAGAUGAUUUGAACAUCAUGCCAGAGACGUUCAGGCCGGCUAUCGAGGCUCAUCGCGCACUGUCACCACCUCACGCACGUGCACAUCGUUUGAUGCGGUCGACUCUACAGCCAUCGUCGCGCGCCGAAGGCAGAUUCACUUCUGCUGACGAGACUUCAAGUGCUGGAGAUUGGAGAAGCAAAGUGCUCAGCGAAACAGAUGUUGAAAAAGGUGCCGGAGAGAAGCUUGACGAUCUGGCAGAGAUGAGCGAUAUGGAGUCGGACAACGUCUCCAUCCACACACCUCGACGUGUUGAAGAACUAUACUAUUCUGCGGCAUCCGACUGA